ACUAGCCCGGGGGGGCGGUAUUUUGGAUGACGAAAACUCUUUUGUCACAGUUGCCGCGAAUUCUGUACUUAUCUAACAAUCUCAGUUUCUCUUAGAAUAAUACAAUAAACCUCCAUACCACGACACAUUUAUGAUCUUCCACACCUUCAUACGUGGCUGCUCGGACCAAUUCUUCUUUUGCUUCAAUUAAUUCGCAAACUGGUGAUGUGGGUUCGUAGAUUUUGGUUCGGAGCGUGUAAUCUGAGGUGGGUUUUGCGAAAUGUUGCAGAAAUCUGAAGAAUUUCAUCGGCAAAAGCUGAGAUUGCUGAGAAAGCGGCGGUCUUGAAUGUGCAUUUUGUGGCAAGUUGUGUUGCUUUUGGGUGUUAUUAGUUGCUGGGUUUAGUUUGUUAGUGGGAUUUGAGAAUUAGGUUUGAUUAAUUUUGGUAUUGUGGUGAGUAAUUUAGAAUUGGUUUGUAGCAGGUUGAAGAGAUUGAUGAUGUUGUUGGUAGAAUUUGGGUGUUGGGUUUUCGGAUUGCAAGUGAUUUUUUGAUCUGUUUCUGAAUUAUGAUAAGUAAAAUCAUAACACAUUGAAAGAGCAAAAACUAGGGAUGGCUGUGGCAAAUAUGCUCGAGAAUUUUGUUAGAGAUGGAUCCUUCAAAUGGUUGCUUGGAAAUCGUAGCCCUUAUGAUGAAGAAUUGGAGGAUAUGGAAAAAUCCCCUUCUGCCCAGACGAAUUGGGUACCAGAGCUAUCUCCAAUUGCAAACAUAGUUGUCCGAAGAUGUUCAAAAAUCCUUGGUGUUCCUACAACUGAGCUUCGUGAAGGCUUCAAUUCUGAGGCUUCUGAAUCUAUAAAGCAUCCAUCGUGUUAUGCUAGGAACUUUUUGGAAUACUGCUGUUUCCGAGCACUUGCUCUGUCCACUCAAGUAACAGGUCAUCUGGCUGAUAAAAAGUUUCGACGCUUGACAUAUGACAUGAUGAUAGCUUGGGAGGCUCCGGCUGUUUCUAGCCAACCUUUACGAAAUUUAGAUGAGGAUUUAUCCGUUGGGUUAGACGCUUUCUGUAGAAUAGCUCCAGCAGUUCCUAUUAUUGCAAAUGUGAUUAUCAGUGAAAAUCUUUUUGAGGUGCUUGCAUCUUCUAGCAAUGGGAGACUUCAGUUGUCCACAUAUGACAAGUACCUAAGUGGACUAGAAAGAUCAAUAAGAAAAAUGAAAAGCCAAUCAGAGUCAUCACUUCUUUCUGCCAUGCGAUCAUCAAAAAGAGAGAAGAUUCUGGAAGUGGAUGGAACAGUCACUACCCAACCGGUUCUCGAGCAUGUAGGAAUUUCUACAUGGCCUGGAAGGUUAAUUCUGACAGACCAUGCACUUUACUUCGAGGCCCUGCGUGUUGUAUCUUAUGACAAGGCAAAACGAUAUGAUCUAUCAGAUGACUUAAAACAGCUUGUGAAAGCUGAGUUGACUGGCCCAUGGGGUACUAGACUGUUUGACAAGGCAGUCUUUUAUAAAUCAAAUUCAUUAUCAGAACCAGCUAUAAUAGAGUUUCCGGAGCUGAAGGGGCAUACACGUCGUGAUUACUGGCUAGCAAUCAUACGGGAGAUUUUAUACGUUCAUCGAUUUAUAAAUAAAUACCAGAUCAAGGGGAUAAAAAAGGAUGAAGCACUUUCAAAGGCAGUGCUUGGAAUUCUGCGACUACAAGCAAUUCAAGAAAUUAUCUCUCAAACUGAUUUAUGCUAUGAGGGUCUUCUAAUGUUCAAUCUUUGUGAUCAACUACCAGGUGGAGACUUGAUACUUGAAACCAUGGCAGAUUUGUCAACUUUUAAAAAAUUAGAUGGGUCUAACAAUUCUAAGUCAGGAGAUGGAAUGUAUUCAAUCUCAGCCUUGGAUAUGAUCUCUAACUUGGGAUUUGCAUUUGGAACAAGUUCUAAUAAUUCUGUUGAGGCUGGGCUUGCCGUGGGGGAGAUAACUGUGGGAGAAGUUACUUUGCUGGAAAGAGCAGUUAAGGAAUCUAAAAACAACUAUGAAAAAAUGGCUCUAGCACAAGCAACAGUAGAUGGAGUCAAAGUGGAAGGGAUCGAUACAAAUUUUGCAGUGAUGAAGGAGUUACUCUUUCCAAUGACGGAAUUAGGGAAGUGCCUGCUUUCUUUGGCAUUUUGGGAGGAUCCGUUGAAGUCUUUGCUUUUCUGUUGUGUUUUCACUUACAUCAUUUGCAGGGGAUGGCUGAGCUAUGCCUUUGCAUUGAUGCUCGUCUUUAUGGCGGUCUUCAUGGUUCUCACUCAAUAUUUUAGCCAAGGAAAGUCCACUCACGAGGUUAAGGUGUUAGCACCUCCAGCGAUGAAUACGAUGGAGCAGCUUUUGGCUGUUCAGAAUGCCAUAUCUCAAGCUGAAGAGAUCAUCCAGGAUGGGAACGUUGUUCUUCUCAAGCUACGUGCCUUGUUGCUGUCCCUUUUUCCUCAGGCGAGCGAAAGAUUUGCGAUAGCUCUUCUAGUUAUGGCUUUGGCUCUGGCUUUCAUGCCCGUCAAGUAUAUUGUUCUAUAUAUCUUUUUUGAGACUUUUACAUGUUAUUCGCCGAUGAGGAGAUCGAGCACGGAGAGAUGGAUGAGAAGAUUGCGAGAGUGGUGGUUCAGCAUACCAGCGGCGCCCGUUAUUCUUGAAAGAGAAAAGGAAGAGAAGAAGAAGAAAUGAUGAUGUAACUAUUUGUGAAAUGUAUAAUAUAUGUCCAGGUAACGUUUUUCUGUACUACAUAGAGAGAAAGUGUGUGUGUAUAUCUUAACGAGGAAGUCGAAAUAAGCUCCUCGUAUGAAAUUUAAGGAAAAAAGAAAGAAAAUAAAUAAAUAAAAAGGUUUGUUUGUCCAAUUAAUA